UGCAUAGCAAAAAUAUGUUUGUUAAUAUUUAUUGAUAUAUGUUUGUAAUAUAGUAGCUUUUCGAGAUGAUCAAGAAAAUUAUGUAUCAUCUGACAUGUAGCAGGUUUCGCUUCUUAUCAACAACCAUUUUCUUAUUGAAACGUUGUCUUGUAAUAAUACCUAAGCUAUUUGUGUUGGAAUUAUAUGUCUUGUUCAUUCUUGUAUGCCUUAAGAUGAAUGUCAAUUGCUUAAUACUAUAAAUUCAGG